UAAGUCAGGGCAUGAGUCGAGUGUUCUUCUGUGUAUGACACCGUUCGACAGAUUUCAUUUUCUGGAAACUCCUGGUUAUCCUCCGAUGUUAUGGGCGUACCUACAAGGUUUUUUUUCCAUCUCAGAGAAAUAAGGUGAGGGCCACAACUCCAUAAAUACUUGAUGUGGCAGAGACUUUGGAUGGACCCCGAAGGACUAAAUACUAGAGGAGCUUUGCGCACACGAGAGGAGCGACCACUUCUCUGCAGACUUGUCUUGACUUUUCUCAUUUGUAGAAGCGUAGAACCGGUAAAACCCCAAAAGGCUGGCCAAUAAACCCCCGUGAAAGUUGUGGUGCCUCUGGCUAAUAUGGAAAGUUUAUGAUUCCGUAUUGGUAGCGAUCAAAUUGUUUUAUUUUUCCCACAGAGUGCGAUGUAGUUCAUCUUGGCACCCCAGAGUGAGCUAUUUGUCAAGAUGACAGCGCGUACACCUUUGUUCCGCGCAGCUCUCGGACUUGCGUGGAGCUGUUUGAGUUUUCUGUCCUACGCUCAUUGCGGGUUAAGUGACAACCAUGUGCACUCCAGUUUUAUUUACAGGAGGUUGCGCAAUCACGAGCGCCGAGAGAUCCAGAGAGAGAUCCUCUCCAUCCUGGGCUUGCCUCACCGUCCGAGGCCCUUCUCUCCCGGGAAGCAGGCGUCCUCCGCCCCACUGUUCAUGCUCGACCUGUACAACGCCAUGGCCGUGGAGGAGGAGAGGUUGCAGCAGGAUGCGGGGAAGAGCUUCAGUGCCAAGGCCCAAGGGCACUCCAGGCAAGGUUACUACAGCCCCCAGCAUGUCGGGUACUCGCGCCUGGCGCAGCCUUACCGAGCGGCCCCUCUGUUGGGCCACAGCCCCGCGCUCACCUCGGCGCACGAAACCAACUUUCUCAACGACGCCGACAUGGUUAUGAGUUUUGUCAAUUUAGUGGAGAAAGAUAAAGAAUUUUCACACCAACGAAGACACUACAAGGAGUUCCGUUUUGAUUUGACUCAGAUCCCAGAUGGAGAGGCGGUGACCGCUGCAGAGUUUCGGAUCUAUAAGGACCGCAGUCAUGUCCGCUACGACAAUAUAACUCUGAAGGUUACUAUAUAUCAAGUCAUGAAGGAAUAUCAAAACAAGGAUGCAGAGACAUUCUUGCUCGAUUCCAAAGAUGUUCAGGCGUCCGACGGGGGCUGGCUCGUGUUUGAUAUCACAGCCACCAGUAACCACUGGGUGAUGAACCCACAGCAGAACUUGGGUCUACAGCUCUGUGUGGAAACUACAGAUGGACGAAGUAUCAACAUAAAAUCUGCUGGAAUCAUUGGAAGGAACGGGCCCCAGUCCAAGCAGCCGUUCCUGGUUGCUUUCUUCAAGGCCAGUGGAGUGUUGCUUCGCUCAGUCAGAGCCGCUGGUGGGAAAAAAAAGAACCAUAAUCGUCAUAAAUCUACUAAUCAACAGGAAUCAUCUAGGGCGCCGAAAACUGGGGAUUAUAACACCAGUGAACAGAAACAAGCCUGCAAGAAGCAUGAACUUUACGUCAGCUUUCGGGACUUGGGUUGGCAGGACUGGAUCAUUGCACCCGAGGGCUAUGCUGCUUUUUACUGUGAUGGUGAAUGUUCAUUUCCGCUCAACGCACACAUGAAUGCAACAAAUCAUGCAAUUGUGCAAACCCUGGUCCAUUUAAUGUUUCCUGACAAUGUGCCAAAGCCAUGCUGUGCCCCGACUAAACUGAACGCAAUAUCAGUACUUUACUUUGAUGACAGCUCAAAUGUUAUCCUCAAAAAAUAUAGAAAUAUGGUCGUUAGGUCCUGUGGUUGUCAUUAGUGGCCAGAAUAAUUUUAAUUUAUGAUAUCUGGCACAUCUGCUACAGGGGUGAUAUGAUGUACAGUAUUAUGUAUAUAAAGUUUUAUUACCUAAUUUAUUUUGUUUUGUUUUAAUAAAUCGCACUGAAUAUAGUGAUAUUUAAAUGAGUAGGACAAAAUGUUCAUUUUACUUUAAGUCAGUUAUUGGUUGACUUUUGUGUCCAUUGGCAUAUACUCCCUUAUAGUUGCAUCUGUAUGACAUCUUUCUGAGUAAACUAUUCACUGGAGCCAUCAUGAUACAUCAUUCAUCUUUUUCCUCCUUUUCUGAUAUAAAAUGUGAUAUAACCUCUCACUGAGCUAUGCAGAAAUAUACUUAAGUAUGUGCUUUGUCUACAAUGCUAAUUUAUUAUUUUUCUCUUUCUGUAAUGGACCAAUAGUGGACCACAAUGACUAACUGACAGAAUGAUGUCACCAAAUGCAGCAUCACAAAUUUGAGGUCUCAAAAUGAUAUUAUUAUUAGAACUAACAUCACAAAUUCAUCAGGCUGUUGGGAACAUUUUAAUUGAAUCACUGUAGAAAAUAAUAUUCACUAAUAUAAAACAAAUUGCCCAAAGCUACUAUGUUUUCAAACUGUCACCGUCUUUCAGCACUGAUACCGUUCCACUAUCUCCAGCUUGCUAGCUUUUCUUGUGUUUGAUAAGAGAGUGUGUUCUCAGAAAGGGGUUGUGUCAGUCUGGAAUGAAACUCCUGUUUUGCUGAGGGUUCACUUGAAACUGCUUUACAAAUUAUGGCAUUUUUACACAGUGUUUAUGUAAAUCUCUUUCACAAACACAGUUGCUUGUUUCUCUUUUGACUUUGUCAUAGCUGCAAAUGUCUUUGUUCCACACUAAUUCUAGUCUGUGUUUGGGGAAAAUGUAU